AAGAGCAAACCCGUCGUGAGGAAUCUUGUCUAACUACAUACCGUAAGUGCAACCUUGCCCCGGAAACCUAGUUUCUGUUUUAAUACAGGAGAGCAAACUUGUUUUUAAACGUUUGAUUUUCAUAAAACGAGUUCCAUUUUUCCGAGCACGUAUUUGUCGCUUUGCGUUCUGCUUUCUUUGCAUUUGCGCUCUGCGAUCAUUUCUUGUCUUUUUUUGCCGGUUGCCGAGAAAUGCUUUAUAAACAAAAUUGAAAUUAAGAAAGUUUAUUUUGACUUAUCUUUAUAUAAUUUUUAUGCGGUUAGGUUUGUACCCCAUCGACUCUACUCAAGCUUAUGUUAAGUGAUUUUGACCCAGACGAAUUUUUUCGGUAACCCAAAAAAAACAUUUGGGAUCGGGUUGCUGCCUAACUUCAUGAAAACUAGAACGAUAUGUUCUUAGAUGAAAAGACGUCAAUAAAACGUAAUAUUUGCUAUGGAAACGAUGACAUCAUUUAAGCUGACGUUAUUUAAACAGAAGUUUUUUUUGCCUCAUAAAGUUUGAUUUUUUAUUUGACGUCAAUUACAACCUCUUCAACACAAAGUGAAAGAACGCGUGUCUUAUCAAAAAAAAAGAUGUGACAACAAAAAAGUUGUAUUUGUUACCAUGUUUAAACAUGCGUGACAAUGAUUUAAAGUUUAUUUUUUUGUUUUUUAUUUUAAUACUUUUUGCGAGGAGUUGUCAUACUUGGGGCGGGACAGAAUGUAGAGCACAUCUUUAUGAUCAACAUCACGGUGGAAUUAAUUGGGGAUGGCGUGUUGAUUGUGAACACAUGGGAAUGACCUCUGUUCCGACAUUUGCACAAGACAUCAAAUAUAUUCGAACGCUAAACCUGUCACACAAUCGAAUAUCAAGUUUGGGUGGAAACACGUUUACCAGUUUGUCGUCUCUUACUUACGUAGAUCUCCAUCACACGCAACUUCAAAUAAUCAAUGCUGAUACAUUCAAAAAUUUGCCUCGUUUGAGACACUUAGACCUCCACGAUAACAAAGAGUUAACGACUAUAGCGAAGAAUUCAUUUGCUUACUUGCCAAAUAUACAAGUGAUACAACUUCAUGACAGUGGGUUGACAUUUGUACCGGAAGAUAUUGUAAAUACUCGCCACCAUUCCUUAAAAGUACUGUCUCUUGGUAACAACAUGUUCCCAUGUGACUGCUCUAUCGGUUGGCUGUGGAAAGAUUACAAAGAUAUUUAUAAUAUCUUGCCACGAAAUUUGUCUGGUUUCCAUCACACAGCUAAUACGUUUAAAGAUCACGUGGGGUAUAUACAGGACAAGUUUCCACCGCUGACAUGCUACGAUCCUGUGAACCAACAAAAACAUACUUUUGAUGAUGUCGAUUUGUCAUUCUGCAAAGAUGGUUACACAGGAAAAUGGGUUUCGCCAUGGACGAGUUGGAUUGACUGUUCGUGUGACACCAAAACAAGAUAUCGCCACCGGGAAUGCAAAAAUGGUGAAGGCGUGUGCCCUGGACCAAACAAGAUGUAUGAAGUUUGCAGCCCUACCUCAUGUUCUAACGCGGGAGAUUGGGGCGAAUGGUCUGCAUGGAGUUUAGAGUGUUCUGCUGAAUGCAAUGGAGGUAUCGUCAAUCGCACACGACCGUGUAUUAGAGCUGAGAAGGUUAUAACACAAGAAUUGUGCGAGGGAGCAGAAGAAAAGGGUACAGAGACGAAAAGCUGUAAUUAUCAUCCGUGCGUGUAUGGAAUUUGGUCAGAAUGGUCGUCAUGGUUACGAUGCUCCAGCAAAUGCAGAAAUGGUGUUACCUCUAGAAUACGAACAUGCUUGACAUCUGCUCCAAGCAAAGGGGGAGUCCGAUGCAUUGGACACAACCGUGAACGGAGAAAUUGUACAGUUACUUGCUCCGAACACUUUAAAAAGACACUCAUUGAUCCCUUCGCAGAGCACAAAGAGCAAUACAACAAUAUUAUAAGAACUGCUCGUACAUGGUCACAAGUAUUGUGGACUUGUAUACUAAUCCAACUUUUUCUCAUGAUAAUAGCAGUGGGUUCUAUAUGUUUGCUGUACAGGAAUGAAAUGAGGACCAAAAAUAUUAUGGACACUUGGGACGACAUACCUGAUAUUAUAAUAUCGUCCACAUCCAAUUCAACACCCCCAAUAACAGAUUCACCAGAGUCUGAUAGUGUCAAUCACCUAAAUAUCGAAUAUUGGAUAGAUAUAGCGAAUGAAUGUUACAUGACGCAAAAGGAUGACAGGAACCAAUAUGGUAUGGAGUCAGUGGAAUAUUCAACAGUUCAGUUAGAACAUGAUAAACCAGAUUGCGUCGUGGAUGUCCAGCCAGUGUAUGAAGAAAUACCUGAGGAUGUUAGUUCCUAUUGUGGUAUAGGCGAGCAGGAUAAAGGUUUAGAAAUCGAUCAGAAUCAAGCGCAUCUGCAAGAAGAAUCUUUGGAAGACGAAGACACUUUAGAAAGUCCUCCAUCAAAUUCCCAUGUAAUAAUUUUACCAAAUAUAUUACAAGACGGAAAAAUGUACAGCUACGAAGAACAAGAACAAGAAGAUUGUAUGAAAAGAGAGAGUCUACAUCGGAAUUCACAACACUUCCUUCAACAGUCGGAAAAACAGGAAAACCAAUUCAUUGUAGACAGUGAUGCACAUGCAAUAACGGAGAAAUGUUCCAGUGAACAGCUAUUGGAAACAAUGCUCCGAGAUGACCAUAUACCCACAGAUAUUGAAAACAAUCAGAAAAUGAUAAGAAAACAGCCGUCAAUUGAUUUUUUGAAAAGUAAGAAAGUAGAUGGCCAGCAGAAUCUUGGCGAAACCAUUGGCUAUGAGACGCACAGAACAGGAAAAAGUAUGCAUCAUAGUCCGCAAUACUCCCUGCAGCCACUGCGAACACCAGAAAGCCUCAACUAUGUAGACAGUGAUGAAAAGCAUGGAGAAGGAGAACGCAUGUACCGUAGUCCACAGCACUUCCAGCAGCCACCGCAAAAACAGGAAAGUACACCCAUCCUGGACAGCGACAAACGUGCGAUAACGGAGAAGGAUUUAAAUAAACACCCAUCUAAAUCGAUGUUCCAAGAUGACCAUAUGCGCAUCAACACCGAAAACACAGAGAAAAUGUCAAAAGAUCGGCCAACAAUCGGUACUUCUGCAUGUGAUAAAGUAAAUUACCAACAAAAUCUUGACGAAGACAUUCGCUAUGAAAAGCAUGGAGAAGGAGAAUCCAUGUACCGUAGUCCACAGCACUUCCAACAGCCGCCGCAAAAACAGGAAAGUACACCCAUCCUGGACAGCGGCAAACCUGUGAUAACGAAGAAGGAUUUAAAUAAACACCCAUUUAAAUCGAUGUUCCAAGAUGACCAUAUGCGCAUCAAUACCGAAAACACAGAGAAAAUGUCAAAAGAUCGGCCAACAAUCGAUACCUCUGCAGGUGAUAAAGUAAAUUACGAACAAAAUCUUGACAAAGACAUUCGCUAUGAAAAGCAUGGAGAAGGAGAAUCCAUGUACCGUAGUCCACAACACUUCCAACAGUCGCCGCAAAAACAGGGAAGUACACCCAUCUUGGACAGCGACAAGCGUGCCAUAACGGAGAAGGAUUUAAAUAACCACCUAUAUAAGACGAUGCUCCUUGGUAACCAUAUGCGCACAGAUAUGAAAAACACACAAAACCUGUCGAAAGAUCAGCCAACAAUCAAUACUUCUGCAGUUGAUAUCGUAAAUUACCAACAAAAUCUUGGAGAACGUACUCAUUAUGAAAAGUAUGGAGAAAAUGAACGCGUGUACCAUAGUCCAGAACACUUCCAGCAGCCACCACUUAAACAGGGAAGUACAACAAUCGUGGAUAGUGACGGACGUGCGAUAACAGAAAAGGAUUUGAAUAAACACCCAUUUAAUGUGAUGCUCCAUGAUGAAGAUAAAGAAUGGAUACAUGUUGUCAGUGAAAAAUUGAAAGGUAAACUCGCGCAAAACGAAAGCACAGAGAGUUUCUUAGACCAAUUGAGCAACACUGGAACGUUAUUGGGAAGCAACCAUAGUUCCGGACGUGCGAUAACUGAGAAGGAUUUAAAUAAACACCUAUCUAAGUCGAUGCUCCGGGAUGACCAUAUGCGCACAAAUAUUGAAAACACAGAGGCAAUGAUAAGAAAAUGGCCGUCAAUUGAUUCUUCGAGGAGUGAGAAAGUAGAUCGCCAACAAGAUAUUGGCGAAUGUACUGACUCUGAAAAGCAUGGAGAAGGAGAACGCAUGUACCAUAGUCCACCACACUUACAACAGCUGCCACAAAAACAGAAAAGUACAACCAUCGUGGACAGUGAUGCACGUGCAAUAACUGAGAAGGAUUUAAAUAAACAGCCACUGAAGCCGAUGCUCCAAGAUAAAGAUGAAGAAUGGAUGCAUAUCCCCAGUAAAAGAUUUGAAGGUAAACUAGCACAAAACGAAAGCGCAGAGAGCUCCUUGGACCAAUCGAGCAGCACUGAAACGUUGUUGGGAAGCAACCAUAGUAAUGACUUGCUGUACGCAGACGUAAAACAUUUGAAAGUUCUUGUGAUGGGAAUAUCUCCUGAAAAAAGGAUUGGGUUGGUGCAGACAAAUAGAGAAAAAAUGAAAUGCGACUGCCAAUCAAAGAAUACAGCAUAUAUAAAUGAUGAAAAAGGAACAGAUUUAAAACUGCUAGACAGGUAUAUACUAAAGAGAAAUAACACGCAAGAAAACAUAAGAGAUCGGCAACCACAUAACUUUUCUCUAACUGAAACAGGAGAUGACCAACAAAAGUUCCAUGGUAGAUUUAGCUAUGAAAGAAAUCAAGAAAAAGAAGUCAUGCACUGCCAGAGGUUUACGCAGUAUCAAACGCCGCCACAAAUAGACAGUAGUUUCACCAUGAAGAACAUUGGUAGAUGUGUAACAAAUGAGAAAAGUUUAACCAACAGAUCUAAUGCAUCAGAGUUUAGAGAGGAACAUAAAUGUGCAGGUUUUGCCAAAAAUCAAACUGUGAUACAAAAACAGCAUCCAUAUAAUUCGUCUGUGAGUCACAAAGUGGAAUGCCAAGAGAUGAGUGGGGAAAACAAGCAACAUCAUUGUUCACAAAAAGUCCCAAAACUGCCACAAAUAGGGGAAGAUUUAGCAAUCGUGGACAAUGAUGUGUGUGCCGCAACUAAGAAGGAUUGUACCAACAGGCCUUGCAAAGCACAGUUCAGAGAUGAGUAUGUUUCUAACGAUACUAAAAACACAGAUAGAUUUACACAGUUAACUGAUUCUUCUAUGAAUCAAAGAGCAAUUGACGAACAAAAUUUCAGUAAAGUUAAUACCAUGGAUAGAUAUAGAGAAAAAGAAAGCAAGGAGCAUCAGAGUUCACAAUACUUCCCGAAGCCACAACAAAUAGAGGAAGACCCAACCAUCGGCGACAAUGAUGUAUGUGCAACAAAUAAAAAAGAUUUUACCACCAGGUCUUGCAACGCACAGUUCGUAGAUAAGUAUGUUUCUAACGAUACUGAAAAUACAGAGAGAUAUAUACAAGGGCAGCCGUCAACUGGUUCUUCUAUGAAUCAGAGAGUAGAUGGUCAACAAAGUAUCGGUGGAAAUAAUACCUUGGAAUUAUAUAAAGAAGUGGAAAGCACCCAGCAUCAGAGUUCACAACGCUUCCCAAGGUCGCCACAAAUAGAGGAAGAUCCAACCAUCGUGGACAAUGAUGUGUGUGCAACAACUGAAGGAGAAUUUACCAACAGGUUUGAUCAGACAAAUUUCGGAGAUGAGCAUGUUUUUAAGGAUUCUGGAAACUCACACAGAAUCCUACAAGAACAAGCACCAACUGAUUCUUCUGUAAACCAAAAAGUAGAUAACCAACUAAAUGUCAUUGGAGAUAAUACCCUGAAUAUAUAUGGAGAAAUGGAAGGUACACAGUAUCAGAAUCCACAAAGCGUCCCAAAGCCGCCACAAACAGAGGAAGAUUCAACCAUCGUGGACAAUGAUGCGUGUGCAACAACUGAAAGACAUUGUAACAACAGGUCUUGCAAAACACUGUUUAGAGAUAAGUAUGUUUCUAACGAUACUGAAAACACAGAUGGAUUUAUACAAAAACAGCCAUUAACUGAUUCUUUGGUAAAUCAAAGAGUAAUUGACGAACAAAAUUUUAGUAAAGUUAAUACCAUGGAUAGAUAUAGAGAAAAAGAAAGCACGGAGCAUCAGAGUUCACAAUACUUCCCAAAGCCGCCACAAAUAGAGGAAGACCCAACCAUCGGGGACAAUGAUGUAUGUGCAACAAAUGAGAAAGAUUUUACCACCGGGUCUUGCAACGCACAGUUCGUAGAUGAGUAUGUUUCUAACGAUACUGAAAAUACAGGGAAAUGUAUGCAAGGGGAGCCGUCAACUUGUUCUUCUAUGAAUCAGAGAGUAGAUGAUCAACAAAGUAUCGGUGGAAAUAAUACCUUGGAAUUAUAUGAAGAAGUGGAAAGCACCCAGCAUCAGAGUUCACAACGCUUCCCAAGGUCGCCACAAAUAGAGGAAGAUCCAACUAUCGGGGACAAUGAUGUAUGUGCAACAAAUAAAAAAGAUUUUACCACCGGGUCUUGCAACGCACAGUUCGUAGAUGAGUAUGUUUCUAACGAUACUGAAAAUACAGAGAGAUAUAUACAAGGGCAGCCGUCAACUGGUUCUUCUAUGAAUCAGAGAGUAGAUGGUCAACAAAGUAUCGGUGGAAAUACUACCUUGGAAUUAUAUGAAGAAGUGGAAAGCACCCAGCAUCAGAGUUCACAACGCUUCCCAAGGUCGCCACAAAUAGAGGAAGAUACAACCAUCGUGGACAAUGGUGUGUGUGCAACAACUGAAGGAGAAUUUACCAGCAGGUUUGAUCAGACAAAUUUCGGAGAUGAGCAUAUUUUUAAGGAUUCUGGAAACUCACACAGAAUCCUACAAGAACAAGUACCAACUGAUUCUUCUGUAAACCAAAAAGUAGAUAACCAACUAAAUAUCAUUGGAGAUAAUACCCUGAAUAUAUAUGGAGAAAUGGAAAGUACACAGUAUCAGAGUCCACAAAGCUUCCCAAAGCCGCCACAAACAGAGGAAGAUUCAACCAUCGUGGACAAUGAUGCGUGUGCAACAACUGAAAGAAAUUGUAACAACAGGUCUUGCAAAACACUGUACAGAGAUAAGUAUGUUUCUAACGAUACUGAAAACACAGAUGGAUUUAUACAAAAACAGCAGUUAACUGAUUCUCCGGUAAAUCAAAGAGUAAUUGACGAACAAAAUUUCAGCAAAGUUAAUGCCAUGGAUAAAUAUAGAGAAAAAGAAAGCAAGGAGCAUCAGAGUUCACAAUACUUCCCAAAGCCGCCACAAAUAGAGGAAGACCCAACCAUCGGGGACAAUGAUGUAUGUGCAACAAAUGAGAAAGAUUUUACCACCGGGUCUUGCAACGUACAGUUCGUAGAUGAGUAUGUUUCUAAAGAUACUGAAAAUACAGGGAAAUGUAUGCAAGGGCAGCCACCAACUGGUUCUUCUAUGAAUCAGAGAGUAGAUGGUCAACAAAGUAUCGGUGGAAAUAAUACCUUGGAAUUAUAUAAAGAAGUGGAAAGCACCCAGCAUCAGAGUUCACAACGCUUCCCAAGGUCGCCACAAAUAGAGGAAGAUACAACCAUCGUGGACAAUGGUGUUUGUACGACAACUGAAAAAUAUCUAUGUGAGGAUGUAUAUAGGUAUACCGAAAGCUCAGAGAGAUUAUUGCAAGAACAGCUGCCAGUUGAUGCAGGUGAGAAAGUUGAUUGCAAGCAAGAUCUCCAGAAAAAUAAGAACUUUGGAAUUCACGAAAAAAGAGAAUGCACUCAGCAUCAAAGUUUACAAUACGAAAAAAUUGAAAACAUACAGGACCAAAGCUCACAAGGUUUUUCAAAGGCACGACAAAUAGAAGAAAGUUCAAUCACCGUGGAGUAUGGUGCAUGCUGUAUUUCUAAUGAUAAUGAAUUGCCUAUUGAUUCUGAUUAUGACAAACUUGAUUUGUCUGCGUGCAAUUCCAGUUGUCUAAUCGAUCAACUGAUUGGUUCGUCAACAAAUGCAUGCAUAGAAAAGUCAACCGAUUCAAAUCUGCUUGUUUCGGAAGCGCACAUGAAAGGAAGCUGGAAUUCGUUUCAUGGAGAAGAUGAUCAUGAUGCACAAGCAAGCCUUGAAAGUAUAAACAACCAGGACACGACCAUUUUUACUAAGGAAAAGAAGAAGAAGAAAAAGCGAUUUAAAAUGCUGUCAAAAGCUGUGAAAGCUACACAACGCACUUUCCAACGAGUAAGAAAAUCAGAUAAGUCAAAAGAUGAAAACAUAAAGGAAAAAAAUUCAUCUUCAAUCAGCAUGCUUUCUUGUGUUCAAAGUUCAACCGAAAUGGAAGAUAAGGGGGAUAAGAUAUAUAGGAGAACAUCAGAGGAAGCCUCGAGAUUGUUUCCAUCAGUUGGGUUGGAGAAAGAAGUUGAUAGUGCACUCAUAACUGGUCAGACAAAUUCCAAAAGAGAAGAGGAUUGCCUUAUAUCUCUUAAAGUGCUUCAAAACACGGUAAAACAAGUAGUUCCAUCUACUGCGCUGACCUCAGAUAAACGUAAAAAACUUGCUGAAUCCUCCUUGGUAAAUACAACGACGGUUUAUCAACCAAUCACGUUUGCUCCACUACCAGCAAAAUUGAGCACGGGGAAGAAUCAUGCAACAACAAAAGACGCGCAACUUUUUGUCGACAGUAACCAUAGACACAAACACAGCGACGUUCGUCAUCAAACGUCAGUCGGAAAAAUCGGUUCAUCUGCGUGCGAUGUUAUACAACAUACACGUCAAUCAAAGUCCGACAGUUCGUUUCUUUUCUGAUCGUCGGCGAGAGCAAAUUUCAAAAAAUCAGAAAUCCAGCAAAGAUUUAUUUUAUUUUUGUAUAUUAAAAAAGCUAAAAAAAAAUA